AUGAAGAUUCAUUGGGCUGGGAUUCUCCUAGGCACCUCCAUCGCCGGAGCCAAUGCCAAUGGCAUGGCUAAAUAUAUGGACGAAGCUAUGAGAGGCGAGCGUGUCUCGGGCUAUGGCAAGUCUGAUAAGCCCUCCUGGGAGCCGACCUUCAUAGAUGAAUCCCCCCCUCACAACGGAAUUCGACUCCCCCGUCAAGACUGGAAGGUGACGUGCAGCAGCUCCGCUGCUGGUUACCCCUGCAAACGUGCAAUCGACGGCAAAAAUACCACUGCUUGGCGAAGUGAUUCUUCUGAAAAGGGACACACCUUUGUCGUGGACCUCGGAGCGUGGUAUCAAGUCAGCGCCGUCGUUGUUCUUCCUCCAAUUGAUACGGGAGUGGAAGGCCUCAUCACCCAACACAAGAUCUGGGUCAGCGAAGACGAUGAGACCUGGAAAGGACCCGUUGCGUAUGGAAUGUGGCCCACCACCUUCAGACAGCGUAUGUCCUCGUUUGAGCCAUCUUCUGCCCGAUACGUUAGAAUCACCACUGAUGCCGACGACGAAAACCCUUGGGUCGGUAUCUCUGAGCUCAACGUCUAUGGAACUCUUUACACCAUUCCUCGUGACCCCACGCUCGGUGUUUGGGGACCAAGUGUCGACUUCCCUAUCGUGCCUGUCUCCGGUGCUCAGCAGGGCAAUGGCAUGCUUGCCCUUUGGUCCUCGUGGGCCGACGAUGAGUUCCACUCCUCACCCGGAGGAAAAACCGUCAUGACCCGAUGGAACCCCAUUACCGGAGAAGUUUCCAAGCGCACUGUCACCAACACGCAUCAUGACAUGUUCUGCCCUGGUAUCUCUUACGAUGGUACUGGGAUGAUGGUAGUAACCGGAGGUAACUCCGCCAAAGAAACUAGUCUCUACGAUGCUGUCAAUGAUGAGUGGAUCAGCGCUACCGGAAUGCAUCUCAAGCGUGGAUAUCAGGCUUCGACAACUCUCUCCGACGGGCGUGUCUUCGUCAUUGGAGGCUCCUGGUCCGAGGUUUCUACUAUUGACAAAGAUGGUGAAAUCUAUGACCCCGCUACUCGAAACUGGACUAUGGUUCCUGGCGCGACAGUCCAGGACAUGAUGACGGAUGAUAUGGAAGGCGCUUGGAGAGCAGACAACCAUGGCUGGCUCUUUGGUUGGAAGGGUCUGAGUAUUUUCCAAGCUGGACCUAGUAGGCAGAUGAACUGGUACUCUGCUUUCGGAGACGGCAGUGUCAAAGCUGCCGGAGACCGUUUGGAUGACGAUCAUUCCAUGUCUGGGAAUGCGGUUAUGUUUGAUGCCGUGAAGGGAAAGAUCCUUACCCUUGGAGGAUCUCCUGACUACGAUAAGUCCCCAGCCACCGACGCCGCCCAUGUCAUUACUAUCGGCGAGCCUGGUGAGGAGCCUAGGGUCCAAGCUGCUGGAGGAGAAGGUGCCAUGCACUAUAGACGUGUUUUCCAUACCUCUGUUGUUCUACCUGAUGGAAAGGUUUUCAUUGCUGGAGGUCAGACUUACGGCAUUGCCUUCAACGAGGAGAAUGUCCAGUUUAUUCCAGAGAUUUAUGACCCCGAGACAGACAGGUUCCACAAGAUGCAGCAGAACAACGCUGUCCGAGUGUACCAUACUGUUUCCAUUCUUCUUCCCGAUGCUCGGGUGCUGAAUGCUGGUGGUGGACUCUGCGGCAACUGCACGGCCAACCACUACGACGGUCAGAUCUUCACACCUCCCUACCUGGUGACUGCCUCUGGCGAGCCCAGGCCCCGUCCCGAAAUCCUCACGGAUCUUCCAGGCAAGACUUUGGUCGGCAGUGAGCUGAAAUUUAGAACGACGGGUCCUAUCAGCGCAGCUUCCCUUAUCCGGUUGGGAACUGCAACUCAUACCGUCAACACUGAUCAGCGACGCAUCCCACUUCAAGUUCAAUCCACAUCUCGAUUUGGACGAAGCUGGAAGGUCGUUUUGCCAAGUGAGCCUGGUAUUCUCAUUCCUGGAUAUUGGAUGUUGUUUGUUAUGGACAAGGAUGGCGUCCCUAGCGUUGCAAAGAUCAUGAUGGUUGGCCUGGACCCCAAGAAAACCAUCAAGGCCUGGGGAGAGCCAGAAGAUGAGGCCGAAGAACAAAACUGUGAGCAUGGAUUCCUUAAGUCCUACUGGCGGUCUUGGACACAGACACUAAUUCUGCAGACCUUCGGCCUUUCAUGA